AAAAUAAUAAUAAUGGGAGAAAACGGAAGACUUCACAGACCAGAGUCAACAUAGGAGAUCUUUACUAUCCAUGCACACUGGAGUUUACAGAUUUCUCACAAAAAAAAUCAAGCAGAUUUCAGAAUAUUGAAGUGUUCUUAUGGACAAAAAAGUUGAAAGACGAUGCGAUUCCAUUUCGAUCCCUCAAUGCGAUUCUAUCUCACCCGAAGGUGCUAGCUUUACAAGAAAUCUGCCACCAGCUCACUACACAUUUAAGGUGGAAUCAUUUUCGAAAAUCUUGAAGAUAUUCCCAGGGAACAAAGAGCCAAAGUAUGACUCAGAUGUGUUUGAAUCUGGUGGCUAUAAAUGGAGACUGUCUUUCUACCCAAAUGGGAGGAAAGAGUGUAAUGGGAAGGGAAGCAUAUCUCUCUACUUGGUGAUUGCAGAAACAGAUUCUUUACCUCUUGGUUGGGAGGUUAAAGCAAUCUGUAGGUUGUUUGUGCUGGAUCAGAUUCGGGGCGAGUACGUGACAUUCCAAGAUGCUAAUGGCAAAGUAAGGCUCUUUCAUGGAAUGAAUACUGAGUGGGGAUUUGGACAGUUUCUCUCCCUCACUACUUUUAGUGAUUCUUUUAAUGGAUACCUUCUUGAAGACUCCUGCGUAUUUGGGGCUGAGGUUUUUGUCAUAAAAUGUACUGGUAAAGGGGAGCUUUUGUCCAUUUUGGAUUUUCCAAUCACAGGCAUCUGCACUUGGGGAAUUGAAGCUGAUUCAGUGCAGCGUGUGGAAUAUUUGCGUAAAGAUUUCUCAGUUGGAAAGUACAAAUGGGAGCUGGUGCUAUAUCCGGAUGCAGUUUCAAAUGAUGACCGUGAUAAAAGCUGUAUCAAAUUGUUUUUAUCACUGUGUGAUUGGAAAGCUCAUCCCCCCAAAGGAAAAUUGUAUGCUAAAUAUACUGUGUGUGUGAGGGAGGGAAAAGUCAUUUGUGGGGAGGUUACAGAUUAUAAUUGGUUCUCGGCAUCGGCCAGCGGCCGUGUUUACAACUUCCAGCGAGAUUUCCUUAAUCGGGUCUUAAUGUUUGAUGGCGCUUUUAUUGUUGAAGCACAGGUUGAAAUAAUAUCUGUUGUCACAAAUUUUACCGAAAAGAGUGAAGGUGAUGAUGAAUUUUAGUGUUGAUAUUGUAAUAGUUACUUGUUGGUCCAAGUUGCAACAAGCUGAAUCUAAAUAUAUGUUGUAUAUUUGAUAUUUCUAUGUAAUGCAAUGUUUGUUUGUGAAUCUAAUCUACUACACCA